UCCUCACACACGACUUGCCGUGUUCAAACUUCAAACUUCAAACCUCAAAGAACAAAAAUUCCCUGCACCCUUCUUUCUUCUAUAUGCUCUCACACCCACAACGCCAAUUUCUGAUCACUGAUUCUCAAACAAAAACAGCACAGACGCGGCGGCUUUUCUCUAAAAAGGUGUACAAUGGAAAACAAACCCACCAGCUCACCAACGAGCUUUGUGGACCAGUCAGUCGUACCAGGCGACGUCGUUCUCGAUCUCUCAAACAUGACUAACCAAACCUUAAAACUCGGUGGUGGUCUCCGACAGGAUUGUGAUGCUAUUUCUGUCAUGAAGGCUGGAAAGCUCAGGUUCUCAAAUCCAAACAAAUAUUGGGUCGAAAGCUCCCAGAAAAGGUAUGUGCCUCAUGCAGGAGAUUCUGUUCUUGGAAUUGUGGUGGACUCUAAAGCAGAUAACUUUCUUGUGGACAUAAAAGGACCUGGAUUGGCAUUUUUGCCUGUGCUUGCAUUUGAAGGAGGAACUAGAAGAAACAUACCAAGGUUUGAGAUAGGUACUUUGCUCUAUGUUCGGCUCGUGAAGGCAAACCCUGGCAUGAAUCCUGAGUUGUCAUGCACUGAUGCCAGUGGGAAAGCAGCAGAAUUUGGCCAGCUUAAAGAUGGCUACAUGUUUGAAUCUUCAACUGGUCUGUCAAGAAUGCUCCUGAGCUCACCAACAUGUCCAGUUCUCGAUGCUUUGGGGAAGAAGCUUUCCUUUGAGACAGCAGUUGGCUUAAAUGGCCGUGUUUGGGUCAAUGCCUCCUCUCCUUCUACAGUCAUAGUUGUUGCUAAUGCAAUUAUGAACUCUGAAUCUUUGAGUGGGGUGCAGCAGAGAAUUAUGGUGGAGAAAUUGAUUCAGAAUUUAAAGUUAUCAACGUGAUAAUGGAAGAAGUGAAAGCUAUAUACUUUAUAGCUGUCACAUUUUCCCAUUGUGUUUUACAUGGGAGGAGCAUGGUCACAUGGUGUUACAAAAACAACAAAUUCUUCUAUCAAGCAUCAAAGACGACAAGCUUCUACUAAAGAUGAUCCUCACGUUAUCAAAUCAUAUGUGCUGGCCUUUUUCUGCCCAUUCUGCCUUGUCACAGAAUCCUAUCAUGAAAUUAGUUUGCCAAUAACAUUGUAGUUAUUAUUUUUUAUUCUCUUUAGAACUUGGAAGCUAUAUUAACAUUUUCUGUUUUCUGUGUUAUCUGUAGAAAUGGGGAGGAGUUAACAUUGUAGUAAUUGUUAACUUAAAGCAAGAUUUAUUAUAAGUGUUAAAAAAAAAUCCUUCAAAACAAGUUGAAAUAGUUCAUUAA